AUAACAGUAAUAACAAUAUAAUAUCCUCUACACUGGUGCGGUGCUACUGUGAAUUUAUCAAGUCUACCGGAAGAAUUAGAAACCAUGAGCCUGGUGCCGUUCCCAAGCGGCGGAGAUGAUAACCGGAGCAGUACAAACUCCGCCAAAACUCCGCCGCUGUCACGCGAUUCCCUAGCAAUUAAUUCGCCCUCCUCCCCUAUUCCCCGAGAUCCGGUCAAGUUAACAGCGAGAUCAUGCUUGUACGAGCUAUGUGCGAAAAGUCGCUGGAAACGUCCGGUUUUCACUUGUUGCAACGAAAAUGGUCCGACUAAUCUCCGAUCGUUCACCUACAAGGCAGUUGUUGAGAUGAAAGAAGAAGACUCAAAGUCAUGGAUACUGGUGGAGUGUAUUGGAAAGCCUCAAUUCAACAAGAAAAAUGCAGCAGAUUCAGCUGCUGAAGGAGUUUUAUGGUACCUUGUGCAUCUAGGUUACCCCAAAAAAGCAUGAUUCGCUCAAGAAAUUAAGGGCCAAUGCAUGUUAUUACAUGCGAACUUACUUUCUUUCAUGUAAAAUGGUAAGGGAAGAGAAGAAAAGAAUUUACAUAAAUGAUAUGAUUGCUACGUUAAAUUCUAAAUAUAUACAAAAUGC